AUGGCCGCUGAUAUUGCGACACUCUCACAGCUGCUCCAGGCGAGCUUGGAUCCGCGACAGAACAAACAAGCUGAGGCAGCCAUCACUCAAGAGCAGACAAAACCUGGCUUCUCCCUCUCGCUCCUCCAGAUCGUCGCCUCCGACUCGAAUCCCCAGACCACUCGUUUAUCCGCCGCGCUCUACUUCAAAAACUUCAUAAAGCGCAACUGGGUGGAUGAGGAUGGCAACUACAAGCUGCCUGAGGAUGAGGUCGUUGCGAUCAAGCGGGAGCUGAUAGGUCUCAUGGUCUCUGUCCCUGCGAACCUACAAGCACAACUCGGAGAAGCCAUCAGUGCUAUUGCGGACAGCGAUUUCUGGGAGCGGUGGGAUACAUUGGUUGACGAUCUAAUUUCUCGCCUCACACCCGAUAACACCACGGUCAACAACGGCGUACUGCAAGUGGCACAUUCUAUUUUCAAGCGAUGGAGGCCUCUCUUCCGAUCCGACGACCUUUUCACUGAGAUCAACCACGUCCUGUCCAAGUUCAGCUCUCCGUUCCUCCAGUUGCUGGAGAGCACCGACGCCCUCAUAACGAACUCGCAAGGCAAUCCAGAGGCGCUCAAGGGUGCCUUCACAACGCUCGAUCUUUUGAUGAAGCUAUUCUACGAUCUUUCCUGCCAGGAUCUGCCACCCGACUUUGAAGAUCACAUCAGCAGCAUCUCUGGCCUUCUCCACAAAUACCUAAUAUAUGACAAUGCUUCGCUGCACACGGACGAUGAGACUGAGUCAGGACCCCAGGAGUAUGUCAGGGCUGGCAUUUUCGAAGUGCUGAUGCUGUACAUUCAAAAGUACGAGGACGUCUUUGGGCCACAACUCGGGCAAUUCAUCGAGAGCACAUGGAGUUUCCUCAUGUCGGUCGGCUUAGAAACCAAGUACGACAUACUAGUCAGCAAGGCUCUCCAGUUCCUUACCGCUGUUGCUUCUACACGGCACGCCGAAGCCUUCAACAACCAGACUGUGUUGGUCCAGGUCAUCGAAAAGGUCAUACUACCGAAUUUGACGCUGCGCGAAUCCGACGUGGAAUUGUUCGAAGACGAGCCGAUUGAGUUUAUUCGAAGGGACCUGGAAGGAUCUGAUAACGACACUCGCCGACGAGCUGCCACUAAUUUCCUCCGCCAACUGAUGUCUCGCUUUGAGACAUUAGUAACAACCACUUCGCAAACCUACAUCGACGCCUACCUCCAGAACUAUGCCAAGGAUACCGAAAAUAAUUGGAAAUCCAAGGACACUGCAGUAUAUCUCUUCACCGCUAUUGCCGCAAAAGGAACUGCAACUGCAGGUCAAGGUGUCAUAAGUGUCAACGAAAACGUCAACAUACUGGAAUUCUUCCAAUCCCACAUCGCAGCCGAUCUUCAAGCACAAGAUGCAUCACCGAUCCUUAAGGUUGACGCCAUCAAAUUCCUCUAUGUUUUCCGUAGCCAAUUAUCGCCUGAGCUCUGGCGAGCAGCAUUCCCUCUUCUUGUCAAUCAGCUGGGUAAUGACAACUACGUCAUCCACACUUACGCUGCUAUCGCCGUCGAACGGGCCUUGUUCAUGACAGACAGCAACCGGCAACCUAUCAUCCCUAGAUCUGAUGUCGUGGGAUCAUCAAAGGAUCUUCUGGCUCAUCUGUUCAAGCUCAUCACGAAAGAUUCUGCCCCAGAAAAAAUCCAGGAGAACGAAUUCUUGAUGAAGUGCGCCAUGCGCGUACUGAUUUUCAUUCGCGACGGCGCCUUGCCAAUAUGCGAAUCCGUCCUACAGAACUUCAUCAACAUUGUCAAAGUAAUCAGACACAACCCUAGCAAUCCUCGCUUCCAGUACUACCUUUUUGAGGGAAUCGGAGCUCUCAUUCGCUUCGGCGCACCGAAACACCCGCAGUACUUCGAGGAGAAGCUCUAUGAGCCCUUCGCUGCGUGUUUAUCGGAGGGCGUGGAAGAGUUUUCUCCUUACAUCUUUCAGCUCUUUUCGGCACUUCUGGAAGCCAAUCCUUCGGGUGAACUUAGCGGUCUCUACAGAAGCUUGUUCGAGAUCAUAAUCCAGGGUGCGGUUUGGGAGCAACGAGGCAAUGUGCCGGCGCUCGCUCGUCUGCUGAGUGCGAUGAUCGCCCGUGAUGCUCGUCAAAUCGUCGACAACCACAAAGUUGAACCCAUUCUGGGCAUCUUCCAAAAACUUGUCACCAGCAAGGCCCACGAAACAUACUCGUUCGAGCUCAUCGAAGCUGUCGUCGCGUACAUACCGGCUGAGGCUCUCCAGCCGUACUUCGUCACUAUCCUCCAACUGAUGCUGACGCGGUUGUCCAACAUGAAGACCGAGAACUUCCAGCAGCGUUUGAUUGCCUUCUACCACUUCGUGUCGGCGCGACAAGGCAAGGGACUGGGUGCGGAUUUCUUCAUCAACGUCACAGACCAAAUACAGCAUGAUAUAUUCAAGGCUAUCUACCUCACCGUCAUUCUCCCCGACACGCAGAAGCUUGCGCGUCCUACCGAUCGCAAGACGGCCGUAGUCUCCUUCACAAAGACUCUCGGUGACUCGCAAGCAUUUGUCGACCGGUACCCCAAAGGCUGGACGCUUACUACACAGCGCUUAAUUGAACUGUUGGUCAAUCCGCCUGUUCCCACUGCUGCUGAUGAUAUUAUCCCCGACGCGGAUGUCGAUGAACUCGGGUUCGGCGUUGGCUUCACUCAGCUAAAUACCUGCAAGAAGGCGCCCCGGGAUCCAUUCCCAGAGAUUACAGACGUCAAGGCGUGGGUUGGGCAGUAUCUGAAAGACGCGAACAACCGACAUGACGGCAGAAUCGUCAAGAUAGUACAGGAGAGGCUAGACCCUGUAUCGAAACAGGCAUUAGCGGAGUAUCUCAGCUAA